UUGUGAGAGGCUCAGUACUGUAGGCUUAUACUUUUGACUCCAUGUUAAAGCCAUGAAACUUUUCUUCAUCCUCCAAAUGCUUGUGACCAUCCCUAUGCUCCCUCGGGACAUUGGAUUUGGUUACAAUUUUUGGAGAGUCAACAAACUGAUCGCGCAGUGGUCGUCCAAAGGGUGGACGAUCCACCAAAUCUUUGAUGAUGUUGUCAAAGCUCACCCUAACAAACUUGCCAUUCGUCUAGAAGAUCAGGCUUGGACAUUUAAAGAGCUUCAAGAUUAUUCAUAUAAAAUCGCCAAUUAUUUCAAAAACAAUGGCUUUCAAGAGAAGAACAAGGUGGCUUUGUUGAUGGAGAACCGUCUUGAGUACAUCGGUGUCUGGCUGGGUCUCAGUCGCAUCGGCAUCGUCACAGCUCUGGUUAACAUUACGGCAAAAGGAACCAUUUUGAUCCACGCAGUCAGCAAAGCUACUCAAGGCCCUUGUGAUGCGAUCAUUGUGAGCGCCAAAGAAGAUCUAUUUAAAGCGUUUGAGGAUGCAUAUGAUGCAGAGGAUCAGGUAAACAAGAUGCCAGUGGACUGGAAGAUUUACGUGCUGGGAGGUAAAAUGCCUUCCACAAGACUGACUAAAACUAUAAUACACCUCGAUCCGGAGCUGACGAAUAAAGAUCUCGUGAAACCCAUAGAUGAGAGUAUCUCCAAGAAACUCAACAUUAACUCCAACAUGGUCUACGUUUACACCUCUGGCACUGAGGGCUUCCCUAAAGCAGCUGUUUUUGACUUUGAAAGAUUCAUACGUAUGGCUACCGGAACCCACUACUUCCUUGGAAUCAAGUCCAAAGAUGUUUUGUACAACCCAAUGCAGCUGUUCCACGCGUCUGGAGGUCUGAUCGGAACAGGUCAGAUGUUGCUGUACGGCCUCACGAUGAUAAUCAAGGAAAAGUUCAGCGCAAGAGGUUAUUUUCCGGACUGCAAAAAAUAUGGAGCAACGGUGGGGCAAUACAUUGGCGAGAUUUGCUCCUUUGUGUGGGCCACAGAUAAAUCACCUGCAGACAGAGACCACAACAUUCGGUUGAUGUUUGGCAACGGGAUGCGAAGAAAAAUUUGGAAAGGCUUCCAAGACCGAUUCAACGUCAGACAAAUCGGGGAGUUCUACGGCUCAACAGAAGGAAAUGCCAACUUAGUAAACAUCAACAACAAGGUCGGGGCUGUGGGCUUUUUGCCUUGGUAUGCCACGUCUCUCUACCCGAUUGAGCUCAUAGAGUACGACACCGACACUUCUGAACCUAAACGUGGGACAGAUGGCCUCUGCAUUAGAGCAACGAGACAGGGGUUGUUGGUUGGUAAAAGCAAAACAGGAUUUUCCAAAAUCAAAGGCUAUGCAAGUGAAGAAGAGACGAAAAAAAAAUUGAUUCCGGAUGUUUUUGAAAAGGGCGACUUGUAUUUCAACUCAGGUGACGUUCUUGAAAGAGAUAUUUUUGGUUAUUACUACUUUGUGGAUCGUUUGGGAGAUACUUUCAGAUGGAAAGGUGAAAACAUUGCUGCAUCCCAAGUAGAAGAUGUAAUAAUCAAAGGAAUGGGCUAUCAGGGUAGCCACGUAGUUUCUGUUUAUGGAGUAGAGGUAAAAGAUCAGGAAGGCAGAGCAGGAAUGGCAUGUUUUGAAAUGAAUGUAGCACACUUUAAAAUGCCUCAGUUUGAGGAGUUGGUUGAUAAAAAGUUGGGUGGUCCAUGGAUUCCUGUGUUUAUUAGAUUCACAGACAAAUUUCCCCUGACCGUCACGCAAAAGAUACAGAAAUCUGUUCUAAAAAAUGAAGGAUUCAACCCAGGAGACAUGAAAGACCCAGAGGGUAAACCCAUACAUGACCAGAUGUACUACUACAACUCAAAGACUAAGAAAUACGAGCCGCUUACCCAAGAAGCACACGAUGACAUCCUCAAGAAGAAAAUUAAGAUAUAGAAGAGAAAUAUGAGUCAGAAUUUAUACAAUGUUAUAAAUUAAAUGGUUGUUACAACCUA